AUGGAUAUGAAUUUUGGAUUUUGUGAUGAUAAUUUUUUUGAGCAAGGACAUAAGUCAACAGAUAAAGAAGAAAUAGAAGAGUUGACAAAAAGAGGAUCACCAGAUGGUUUGACAAAAAUAAAAGAAAAUGAAGAAGAGAAAACUUUACCAAAAGAAUUAUGUGUGCCUGUAACUAUAAAAUUAUUAAUAAAUAAAAUGAUGAAUACUGAAGAAUUAAAAAUACAUGAUUUUCAAAUAAGUGGAAUAAUAGUAUUUGGAAAGGUAGUUAAUAUAAAAGAAUUGGCUAGUGCUAUAAUAUUUGAGAUAUGUGAUUAUACAGGUAAUAUUGAAGCUAAAUAUAAUAAAGAUGCAAAAAAUGAGAUGGUAAAAAAUCAUAUUGAAAGUAUUAAAGUUAAUGAUUAUAUUAAAAUUGUUGGUGUUGUAUAUUCUCCAGAAACUAAAAGUGAAUCUAUACAAAUUAGUAUAUUAUAUAUUAAUAAAAUAUCAGACUGGGUUUCAUAUUUUACAUAUUUUACUUCUGAUGUUAUAUAUUGUUAUUUAAAAUUAUUAAAAUUAAAAAAUAUUUGUACACCCAAUGGUAUCAAUAAUGAAGAAAAACCAUGGUCUCAUAUCAAUUUAGAUACAUAUUAUAAUCAUCUUGAUGAUAUCGAUAGUGAUAUUAUCAAAUAUUUACAUACUACUGAAGAAAAAUAUGCAAGUCAACAAGAUAUUUUUAAUAAUCUUCAAAAAUAUCAUUCCGAAUUUAAUAUCAAAAAAUCACUAACGAAAUUGAUUGAACAGUAUGACUUGGCUCAAUAUGAGGACAUAAUAAGUAUUCCAUAA